GCGACGAAGUCGCACUACUCAACUUCUCUUUCCAACCACUCCCCAUGCGACGUUCUCCUACAUUAUAACUGCUUACCAGAAGCUUACAAUAUCGCUACGCGUUUCAGCCCACUCAUACGUCUUUGCAAGCCGAGUACUGCGACUAUUAGGCGAGUCUCCUUCGACAUCACAUAUUUCUCCAACGUUUCUGUCGAGCUGCUACAAUGACUCCGAGUGCCUGCGAUUGCAUUGCAUCGGCAAAUGAGCUCCUGACUGUACACUCAGCCUUGGUCUCUCGCAUCCGCGCUACUCAGAAACAGCACCGCCGGCAGCUCAGGACACUUCCCUCGCCUCCAUACGGUCUGUUGAGAUUGCCUCUGAUCCCAUCUCCUCCACUAUCUCCGUCGCCUUCACCGCCAUCCUCUCCCGUUCUUGCACCAAGGCCGAGGCCUGUCCGCCAAGACCUGCCUCCCGCGAAGCGCGCCCGGGUAGCCCGAUAUCACAACUACGUUCCUGAAGAGGAGACAAUUCGAAAUGACUAUUCUCAGCGGUACGUCGAUGGUGGAGAGUGGCCGCAGAACUGGGUCUUAGGUGCGGACCCUGAGCAUCGGUUCGAGGAGUACCCGAAACAACAGCGCCUGCUUUCUCUAAAGAAAGCAUCGGUCGCACAGUAUGCACUACCUCCUACAUACCUUCCCUUCUCUCAACUUGUGACCCUCCAUCCGUCCAAAUUUGACGUCAUCCUCAUCGACCCGCCGUUUUCGUCAUCAUUCACAUGGGACCACCUGCAGGAGCUCCCAAUACCUACUCUCGCCGCAGACCCGUCGUACGUGCUCAUGUGGGUAGGCAGCGGAGCGGGCGAUGGUCUCGAGCGCGGACGCGAGGUAAUGGCGAAGUGGGGCUUUCGGCGGUGUGAGGACAUCGUGUGGGUCAAGACGAAUCACACCAGCAACCAUGGCCCGGGGACAGAUCCACCAACCACGUCCUUGCUGACGCGCACGAAGCAGCAUUGCCUGAUGGGCAUCCGAGGCACCGUCCGACGCUCGACCGACAGCUGGUUCGUGCACUGCAAUGUUGACACGGAUGUGAUGAUCUGGGAGGGCGACGCCUCUGACCCGACGCUCAAACCGCCCGAGACGUACACACUCAUUGAGAAUUUCUGCCUCGGCCUGCGGCGGCUUGAGCUGUUCGGGCGCGCGCGCACGCUGCGCCGCGGUUGGGUCACUGCACUCGCGGAGGGCGAGGAGGAACGCAUCGAGGAGGGCCUGUCGGUCGACUCGGACACGCAGGAGGCGGCGACACCGUGGAACCGCGAAUCAUGGGAAGUGGGAAUCAGGGAACUAUCGAACGGCGGGAAGGCGGUCGUGCCCAUGACGCCCGAGAUCGACGCCCUCCGUCCAAAGUCUCCCGUCCGUGGCGGUUCCACAAACAUCAAUGCUGGAAUGGGCGCCGGUGCAGGGCUCGCGCAGGCAGGCGCAUCCGGCGCGCUCACCAUGCCCAUGAACCCGCCACCAAACCGCACGGGCGGGUUCCAGAAUCAGAACCGCAUGAUGAUGCCACAACCGAUGAUGCCAAUGAACGCGCUCGGCGGGGGUGAGAUGGGCAACAUGGGCAACGUGGGCAACAUGGGCAACAUGGGUAUGAUGGGCUGGGACGGCAUGAUGGGGAUGCAGGGCAUGGGCGGGAUGGGAAUGGGAAUGGGCGUACCACAGGGCAUGGGAUUCUCCGGGUUCGAUGGCGGGAUGGGCAUGGGCUGGGAGGAGCAGUUUGGGGGUGGUGGAGGGAUGUGGGAUGAGGGCAUGAUGGGUAUGGGUGGGAUGGGGAUGCAGGGAAUGGGAGGGGGGAUGAUGCCUGGUGGGAUGAAUGGGAUGGGCAAUAUGGGUGGGAUGAACAAUAUGGGGAAUAUGGGCAUGGGCAUGAAUGGGGGCAUGGGCGGCGGCAUGGGUGGGGGCAUGGGCGGAUGGGGAGGGGACGGAUUUGAGGGAGGUUAUUGAUUGUCCGCGACUUGCAUGAUGCAUUCGGAUCUCUUUUAUUACAUUCCGCAUCGUCCAAGGAUGGGUAUAUGUAUUAGUUCGUGGUAUCCGCACAAGGUAAAGUAGUGUACAUGUACGAAGAUGUAGCACGUAUUGAAUACAUGGAUGAAG